AUGUCUGCGUGGGAAGAAGCUUGUGCUUUCAAAGGCGACUCCAUUUUCUUAAUACCAGAGGGCACUUUCUUGGUCGCCGGAGUCACAUUUUCCGGCCCAUGUUUCAAUAACCUCUCACCCAAAGUCCUCAUUUUCGCCACUUUGAUUGCUCCCACCAAACUCACCACCGACGUUUGGAUCCACUUCCACUCCCUCCGCCACCUCCUCCUCACCGGCUUCGACGGAUCCACCGUUCUCAAUGGUCAAGGCGCCCAAACCUGGUCCUUCGGCUCCGCCUGCCGCCACCGCAUGACUUGCCCCAUUUUCACCACGUCUUUAAAGCUAACGGGUGUGUCACAUGCAAUAGUGAAAAACAUAAGCCUUGUAGAUAGCAAGGGCUUUCACGUAGCCAUGCAUGGGUGCGACCAUAUUCAUCUUUAUGGAUUUAAUAUUACGGCGCCUUGGAAUAGUCAGAAUACGGAUGGCAUCCAUAUUAGUAACUCCACCAAUAUCAACGUUGCCAAUUCCCACAUCGGAGUCGGUGACGAUUGUGUUUCCAUUGGACCUGGUAGCUUCGACGUAUUAGUUUCGAAUAUUAGAUGUGGCCCAGGUCAUGGAAUCAGCGUUGGGAGCCUAGGGAGGUACAAGAACGAGAUGGAUGUGAUAGGAAUACGAGUGGAGAAUUGCACCAUAAGUGAUACCCAAAAUGGAGUGAGGGUAAAGACAUGGCCGGGAAAUUAUUCAAGUAAUGCUGCUCAUUUGACGUUUCAAAACAUUGUGAUGAACAAUGUCUCAAAUCCCAUUAUCAUAGAUCAACAUUAUUGUCCUAACCAUUCUUGUGACACGAAAGAGGUAAACUAUUUUGAUGCCUAG